ACGCGAGGAGUGAAGUUGUGUGAUUUGUUUUAUUUUGUCUAUUUAGUGUUUCUUCAGGUUUAAAUGUGUAAUAACGGUGGUUUAUUAACUGUUUAGUAUCUGUGAAAGUGCACAAAUAUGGGAAAAUGAAACAAAACCGCUGGACGCAACUUCUCGGGAUCCUCCAAAAAGUCCACUGAAAAAAUCUUAGUAAAUGACCACCAUUUUACUAAGAUUAUAUUUCAUCCCAUAUCAUCUCAUUUCAUUUCAUUUCAUCCCAGUUGAUUAAUGUCUCAAAUUAAUCAUCUUCAUUUCAUUUCACCCCAUAUAAUCAUUUUUCAUAAAGAUAAGAAUAUAUUUAAAUUAAAAUAAGACAUGACUUAAAGGUCUUAGUACCAGGUCAUUAAAUUCCUUAAAAAACGGUCAAGAUGUCAAAAUUUUGACACCUGACAGCUGAUCCGAGUUAUGUCAGAAUAGAAUUCUCACAACUGAUUUACGUUCGAAAAUUUAUUACAUGAAAUUUCAAUUAAAUUUAAUAUUUAUCGAAUUUUCGUUAAAAAAAGAAUGGAUAUGCUAGUAGUGUAACAAUUUAAAAAUAAAAUAUAUGGAUGAAACUUUUGGCAGUAAACAUUUUCAAAAAAUUAACUUUUACACUUUUGGGACCUGUUCGGAAAUCGAACGUACCCGAGGGGCGUAAAACAAUCCGCCAUUUUGUCCCUACAACAAUUUAGAAUUUUAUUAUUUCGAUAGGUACAUGAUAGCGCUUUCAAUCAAAAUAAUCACAAUUAAAAAGUGAUGUUAAAAGAACUGUGCAUCGUUUUAUAAAUCUGUGAUAUUUGUGUCCAAUAUUAUUUUUAUUUACGGUCAUCUUGACGUCUCGAAACUGACCGAUUUUUGACGUCGACUAAAGAGCUCCGGAUAAACCAAAAUGGGCACAAGAGAGGAUGAAUAUGAUUAUUUGUUCAAAGUUGUACUCAUUGGAGAUUCUGGUGUGGGUAAAAGCAGUCUUCUGUCGCGUUUCACUAGAAAUGAAUUCAAUUUAGAAUCUAAAUCUACCAUAGGUGUGGAAUUUGCAACAAGAAGUAUAGAGGUCGACGGUAAGACCAUAAAAGCUCAGAUAUGGGACACGGCCGGGCAGGAGCGGUACCGCGCCAUCACGUCGGCGUACUACCGCGGCGCGGUGGGCGCGCUGCUCGUGUACGAUAUCGCCAAGCACCUGUCGUACGAGAACGUGGAGCGGUGGCUGCGCGAGCUGCGCGACCACGCCGACCAGAACAUCCUCAUCAUGCUGGUCGGCAACAAGAGCGAUCUCAGACAUCUUAGGUCCAUCCCGACGGAGGAGGCGAAAGCGUUCGCGGAAGCCAACGGACUUAGUUUUAUCGAGACGUCGGCCCUGGACUCUACCAACGUCGAGCCGGCCUUCCAGAACAUUCUGACCGAGAUCUACAGGAUCGUGUCGCAGCGGCAGAUGCGCGACCCGCCCGAGGGUGACGUCAUCCGGCCCGACGCCGAGCCCGCCGACGUGCGGCCCUCGCAGGCCGACAGUGUGCGGCGCCAGUGCUGCCAGUAGAAACAGAGCCCGAUCACCGUCAGAGCCGGCGUGAGAAUAUCCAAUGGCUGAAAAUGAAAGAAAAAAAAUGCAAUAAUUUAUGAAUCAUUCCCAAACAGUGGUGUUAACAACGUAACAGUGAUGCCAACGCGAAAAUAUCUUUAUACUAACGGUCGAUAGUCGCCUAAAGGUCUGCGAUAUUUUCAGUAUGGCAACUUACUACGUCUUACGUGAAAGGAACGAUGCUAAAUGGAUGUGUAUUAAAUUACGGACGUGGUAAUUAGUAAAAAAAAAUGUGUGCGUGUACUAGUGUACACACGUAAGAAGUGAAACUUCUUUAUGGCCUUAUUUUUCGAAAAAUGAUCUACAUGCAACUUUCUAGAAAUUGGUUAAAUAAAGUUAAAUUAGAUAAAGUUUAAACAAAAGGAUUUUAUUAUCAUAGACAUGAAUACAAAAAAGUUAAAUUAGAUAAAGUUUAAACAAAAGGAUUUUAUUAUCAUAGACAUGAAUACAAAACAGAUGGCGCGUAACGGAAAAAUGUGACGCGUAACCGAAAAAUGUGACGGUAAAUUUUUUUCCAACGCCGAUAAAGAAGUUUCACUUCAAAAAAAAAACUUGCUUCACAAUUCGCUUAAGCUCGUGUCGUUCACGUGGGACAUUAAAAAUUCUAAAGCGAUUAAGAGUGGCUCAUGUAGAUAGCUUUGUUUAAUUAUUGAUAUAUAGUAUCCGAAAUAAUAAAGACGAUCAUUCAUUAUCUGAACGAGAUUUUGUAAAUAUCGAGGAGGAAAUGAGAGCUUUGUGCUCGACUUGUGAUGAAAAACUAAUUGAAUACCCAAUUUCGAAAAGGGCACAUCUCUGAAAAUGUAAAAUAUUCAGGAAAUGAAAAAAAAACGGAUUAUUUUCUAAAGCAGUGUAAAAUUUAAAAUAUUAACUUUUGAGAUACAUUUUAGUCUUAAUUAGCAAUUGAAAAUCACUGGAAUUAUUAUCUUAAACGUCAGUAGUAUAUACAUUUAAUUAGAUAUUUUAUAUUUGUGAGAUAUGCCCUUUUCGAAAUUGCAUAUUCAAUUGGUUUAUACAAUACUUUUAUAGUUGAAUGUCUCCCGACAUGCUACAAGAUAUGUUCGAUAGUGAAUGGACGUCUUUAUGUUGUUUCGUUGAGUGAAGCCCGAUCUCUAGGAACAUGCUUCAAUCGUUCAGAGCAAACACAUUGCGAUUAUACCUUGAACAUAUUUUAUUUACACAUAACACCUUAUUGUUUCUGUAGAAAAUAAUAUCUAUUUAUUUAGUAAAAUGAUUGAAUCGACGGAAAGUUGAUUCUUUGUUGAUUAAAUACACAAUGCAAUACAUUGAAAAGGUUAUAUAUUGUUAAUGAGUCUUUAAAUACUUGCCCUGCAGUUUAAGAGCUUUAACCGUUGCUAUUCCAAUGCAUUCAAUAUUGACAAUUUGUGGCAUUUACAGUUUGCAUUCAAUUGUAUGUCACCGAGAAGACAUUAGUUGUGACCAGUCGAACUCACGCUAUUCUUAAUUGUAUUGUAUUGUGUAGUGUUACGUUUCAUAUUUGAAAAACCCGAUAAAUAGCAAUAAUUAAAAAAAAAAACGAACGUUAAAAAUAGCACACGAUCUUAGCUUCGUUGAAAGUAACGUGUUCUUUUAUAAUAAAUAUUUACUUUAGUGUAAUAAUAUGUAGUUACUGUAAUAACGAGAUAGCUUUUUUAAAAAUGAAAACAGUUUUUUUUAUUAUUAUUAUUAUUUUACUUUACGGAUAUAUUAUUAUGUGCCUUCUGUAAAACCGGCGUUACAUAGGUAUUUGAAAAUGCUUUGUUCUUGUGAUUAUUAUUUUUUGCCUAGGGUUAAACGUGAAUGCAUCGGGGCUGAUAACGUUAUCGCAAUACUCAGUGCGCGUCACCCCGCCCCCCGCGACCCCCUCGUCCGGCGGGGGGUUGGGGGGCGGGGCGAGGCCGCGUUCGUUGUAUCGUGAAUGCUCUCCCACACAAGCGCGCCCUCGGCACCGCGCCUGCGUGGGAGUGCACCCAGAAAUUAUAUAAUUGUAUUAUGGUCUUACAUAUGCAUGGUUAUUUUUAGUGCCUACCUGUAAUUACUUUAUUAAAGACAAAGAUAAUAAAAUAAAAUAAAAUUUA